AUGGCAUUCUUUGAGACGCUCAUUGAUGGGAGCAUGGAAGAGAAUGAUGACCAUAUUUGCAUGGGAAUUACAAGUCAAGAUGCAUUGCAAAUGGCCUUAACAAAGGAAAGUAAAGGUGUUCCCAUGGUAGAGCUCAAACCUCUACCACCACUCCUUAGGUAUGAAUUCUUAGGUCCUAACUCUACUUUUCCCGUGAUUGUUAGCUCCUCCUUGAGUGAGAACCAAGCUCAAGAGUUUUGUGGUGUAUUGAGAAGACACGAAGAUAAGGCGAAAGAAUGGUUGAGAGAUGAAGGAACUGGCUCGUUUGAUACAUGGGAAAAGCUGGUGAAAGCUUUUCUGGUAAAGUUUUUGGGACAGGAAAAGACUGCAAGGCUAAGAAACGAACUAUCUACCUUCCGGCAGUCAGAUGAUGAGUCCCUUUAUGAGGCAUGGAGGAGAUUUAAGCGAUUGCAGAGGCAAUGCCCCCACCAUGGUAUUCAUGAAUGGAUGCUGAUUCAAACCUUCUAUAAUGGUUUAACGCAUGAGUUCCAAAUCUACAUUGAUGUUUCUUCGGGGGGUUCUCUCUUGACAAAGAACCCAACUGAGGCAAAGGAGCUGAUUGAGAAGAUGGCAUUGACAAGCAAGUUUGAUAGACUCCAAGCUGGAACAUUCACUAGUUUACAUGAGACUUGUCAAAUGUGUAAUGUGCAAGGCCACAUUGCACCCAAUUGCCCACAAAAUUCAAAUGACAUGUCGAUUGAAGAAGCCAAUGCAUUCUACAUUUCCAACCCCAAAAGGCCAUAUGACCCCCACUCUAACACAUAUAAUGAAGGUUGGAAGAAUCACCCAAAUUUUUCCUACAAGAAUACACAAGCCCAACAAAAUCCACCUCCACCACCACCUCGAAACAGCAACUACAAUGCACCACCUGGUUUCCAACCAAGGCCACCUCCAGUCCAACAACCUAUUCAACCACCUCCUCAAAAGUCCAACCUUGAACUAAUGUUGGAAAAUUUUAUCACCACAACCAACAAUUCCAUCCAACAACAAAAUGGCUCCAUACAACAGUUACAAGCCCAGAGUAAGCUCAUGGAAAAUCAGAUAAGCCAACUUGCUCAUCAAACAGAGCAACCACAAAAAGGGCAUAUAAAUGUUGUUACUUUGAGGAGUGAGAAGCAAUUGGAAGAUCCUCCUACCAAGGAGCCAUCAAGGGAGGUCGUUGAAGAAGUAGGUGCAGGUGAGAAGGUGAUUGAUAGUGCUAUGGUCGAGGAAGAACCAAAGGAAGCAACUUCAUCACCUGUUGUUCCAUGUGUGCCAAAGGUUCCUUUUCCACACCAGGCUAAGCUUGAGAAAAAGUAUGGUAAAUUUCUUGAUAUCUUGAAAAAGCUUCAUAUUAAUAUUCCAUUCUUAGAUGCUAUAUCCGAGAUGCCUUCUUAUGCUAAAUUUUUAAAGGAUAUGCUUUCUAACAAGAAAAAGCUAGAAGAGAAUGCUACAGUUGCUUUGACUGCAUAG